AUGGGUGAGAAGACGCAGUCGCAGUCUUGGUCCCGUGAUGGGGGGAAGCAUGCGGUUGAGGCUCAGGGUCGUGGCGCCCAGCGACUCGGGCUGUAUCCCGAAGACGGAAUGGUCGGGACCCAAAAGGGUCAACAGCGACGACGACGCUCGACACAUGCAUUCGCGGUGUGUCUCGUCGUAGUUGCGGCUCUGACCGCUUUGGGCCUGUGCCACCACCACCAGCACCACCAGCUGCAGUGGCCUGCCUUCGUGGCUGUUGCUCCAACGCGGUCUGAGAGCCCGGCACCGUCCGACCGCGACCCGCUGUCAAGUGGUGCUGGUGCUGCUGCUGCUGCUGCUGCGGCUUCUCCUCACCACCCGGAUGUGACCACUGGUCACGUUGGCAAUGACCAGACGGAACAUGCGGCUGCCGAAUCGCUCAGUGAGAGAGUCGCACUCGGCGUGCCCGGUGUGAUCAGACGGCAGUCCGCCAAUGUGACUACGACUUCUGCGACACCCGCUGCGACAGUUCUAGAAGACUUCCAGGUGCACCAGCCGGUUUUGACUCCCUCUGGGCCGACUUUGGACGACGCCGAUGAUGAUGGCGAUGAUGGGACCACGGGUGGUUCCGCGGGCGACUCCUGCUCGGUGCUGUUGAUGGACCACGUCUUUGCUGUAAGCUAUGGAGCUCCUUACGUGGGGGCUUAUACGCCGCCGGACUGCGAGUUCAAUCGCGUGGUGAUCAAUUUCACUGUGGUUAGUGAGGGGAGGCAGUAUGACCGCCUUGCUCUCAUGUACUUCAAUGACACCGAGGUCUGGCGGACAUCAACCGCCGAGCCCACGCCUCAUCCCGGCAUCCGCUGGACCUAUCUGAAGGACAUGACAGAGUACCUGUCCCUGUGGAAGUCACCCGAGAAGAUUAUCUUUGACCUAGGCAACCUUAUCACAGAUGUCUACACGGGCUCCUUCAACACGACUCUGACAGCUACGUUCUUUAACGAUGAGGUCGACGUCGCCACGGCGGCUCCGGCUGACCUCAUCAUCCCUAUCAGUGCGCGCAAGUCUGCUUCCGACGGCGUGAGCCAGUUCACGCUGCCCGCCGACAACGCGACGAACACGGUCAGCUUCCCCCAAAAUGCCAACCGCGCCGUCUUCUCCGUCAGUGCCAACGGCCAGGCCAACGAGGAGUUCUGGUGGUCCAACGUCCUGCAGUCGGACACCUCGGCCUUUGCUGAUACGGCGGGCGACUUUACUGGUUACUCGCCUUGGCGCGAGGUUCAGGUAUUUAUUGAUGGGCAGCUGGCCGGCGUGCAGUGGCCGUUUCCCGUUGUCUUCACCGGCGGCGUGGUUCCCUCGCUACACCGACCGAUCGUCAGCCCGGACGCGUUCGAUCUGAAAGAGCAUGAGAUUGACAUCACACCCUGGCUCCCUGUGUUGUGCGACGGCAACAGUCACACCUUCACAAUAUAUGUCGCGGGCCUGGUCGACGAUGGUGGGUCCGAGGCGAGCAUUACACAGACUGUGGCAGCCAGCUGGUACGUCACAGGCAAGGUCUUCGUGUGGCUCGACGAUGACGAGACCAGCGUGACGACGGGUUCAGUGCCCGUUGUUGAGGAGUCACAGCCAAGCAUCUCUGUAUCGUCGGUGCUGACGCAGAAUGCCACGGGUGCUAACGAGACCCUUACAUAUGAUACCUUGGUUUCGCGCGCCAUCAAAGUCACGUCGACGGUUGUCUCGCGUAACGCCUCCGGCACCGUCAGCUGGACACAAGAUCUAUCAUACAGCAAUAAGGGCUAUGUCUCGGCCUACGGCUUUGCGCAGGUCAACGAUUUCCUCAUCUCUGGCACCGACCAGACCAUUUCCUCGUCGGCAGUCGUCGGGGCAGACUACAAGACUGAGUAUAAGUACCCUCUGUGGUGCAACUCAACUUACGGUUACUCACCCGAGGGUAAUUUGACCUUGUACGGACGCCUAAUCCAGGGAGUGCAAGUCUACGUUGAGGGCGCAGCAGUGUUCCCCGAUGGUCUGGAGGCUUUCUCCGAAGGGAGCAGCGGGUACGGCAGCCCCAAGUAUGCCGGCUCGCUGGUCGACACGACAAAGGACAGCACCGCAUACUUCUUCCAGUAUGCGGAUCGCACGAACAGCUCCGGAUAUGGCUCGACGGACCAGGUCUUCAGCCUCGGCGGCUUCACCACGUCAGGGGGGUCCGUCGACGCGGCCCCCGACCAGGAAUUGUACCACCGACACGUUGCGAGUACCAAUUCGACCAUCACGCUUGACCAGGAGGUCGUAGCUGACGGUGCCGGAGGCGGCACGUCUGGGACCCCCACGACGGAUGGUGGAGCUGCAAAUGAGGAGUCGUACGCUCAGGCGCCGCUUGAUGGCGGCAGUGGAGGUCCCAGGCUAUUCAUGAACCGGCAGGGCGUUGACGAACUGUAA